CACCUCCAGGAGAUCCUAUCCUCCAGCAGCAAUGUUUCCACUAGCUUCUCCUUGGACUCAGACUCCAGCAAGACCUCGGAGGUUCUCCCCGGUAUGGGAGUGUCUGUCUUUAAGAGGGGCAAGCUGGGCAAUGAAAACAUGCCACAGGAACGGCUGCCGUUGCCAGCCCGUCCUCAGAAACGGCAGAAGGUGAAGGACAGGGAGAAGGUGUUUGUCACAGUGCACCGGCCUCGGCUGCUCCAAGAGGCAGAGUCAGGUGCUUCUUGGGAUAUGCUUCCAGAUGAAUUGCUUUUGUCAAUCUUUGCCUAUUUGUCCCUAAGUGACUUGUUAAAAGUUUCCUUGAUUAACAAGAGAUGGCAUCGUCUUUCGUUUGAUGAAUCUCUCUGGCAGACUCUUGAUCUUGCUGGUCAACAGCUGGUGCCAGGAGUGAUUGGACAGUUGCUGCCUGCUGGUGUUACUGUAUUCCGCUGCCCAAGAUCUUGUAUUGGGAAUCCGUUGUUUAAAACAAGCAAACCUCUCAGAAUUCAACAUAUGGAUUUGUCGAACUGCACAGUGUCUGUUGCAGAUCUCGAGAGAAUUCUUUGUCGGUGUGAAAGGCUGCAGAACCUCAGCUUGGAGGGACUCUUGCUUUCUGAAGACAUCAUCAAGAGCAUUGCUAAGAAUCCCAGUCUGACACGACUAAAUCUCUGUGGGUGCUCGGGGUUUUCUGCAGGUGCCUUGAAGCUGAUGUUGAACAGCUGUUCUAUGUUGGAGGAGCUGAACUUAUCCUGGUGUGACUUCACAGGAACCCAUGUCAAAGCAGCAGUCAGACAUGUUACUUCAAAAGUAACCCAAUUAAAUUUAAGUGGAUAUAGACAGAAUCUACGGAUAUCAGAUGUUAAAACACUGGUGGAAAGAUGUCCUUCUCUUUGUCAUUUAGAUCUAAG